UUUGUCCUUAAUUGUGAAUUGGAAUUUUUCCAGCUAUCCAAUUCUUUGAAAAAAGUUGCAGGGUUGUUUGUUUGUUGAGAGAAUGAGGAUUUUCAUAGCCUUUGAGGGAUCUUUUGAACCAUUUGAUGUUUCAGCAGAUGAAACUGUGGAGGCUGUCAAGCUGAUGAUAAAGGAUUAUUUCCACAUUCCUCUCUCUGAAGAUGAACAAGGCAGGCGGUAUCUGGAGCUGAUGUAUGCUGGAGCAGCCCUAAAGGACAGCUGGAGUCUUGCAGAUGUUGGAAUAUCUUUUUGUUCAACUCUCAAAUGCUUUGUUAAGGAAGAAGAUAAGCCAACUCUCUAUGUGUUCAAUGCUGUGACCCAAGAGACAAUGCCAAUGAUGGAGAACAUCUCCCUUCUUAGUAAAAAAGUGUCUGAUCUGAGAACACUGGUAGCUCUGAGAUGUGGCUUUCCCGUGAGUGUCUUCUGUCUCCGGACCCCAAACGGAAUGGAGAUGUAUGACUGCAACACCCUCAGGGACUACCAAACAGACAUCGGCACAACACUUCGUUUGGACGUCUGGGAUGGAUGGAAGGAAUUUCUGAUGGGUUGUCUUCUGGGACAAAAACUUAAAGUCCAACGCUAUUUAUCAAAUGAAGGACCAGUACUCAAGUAUCAGAAAAAGGUAGCCCUGUUCAUCGCUGCCUUCUAUGGGUACAUCGAGCUCACUGAAUGGGCCCUGAAGCAGGGCGUGCGGCCCGAUGAGGCUGUUGGUGUUCACCCCUAUCGAGCAUGGUGCCAUGAAGCCCUUCAUGCAGAUGUCUCUAAAUGCCCCAUUCAUGCAGCUGCAGAAGCGGGCCAACUGUUGAUUCUGAAGGCCUUUGUCAACUGCAGCGUGCUGUGCCUGGAAUGUAAAAACGCAGCGGGGCAAAUCCCCCUGACCAUCGCAUUUAAACACAAGCAUAAAGACUGUGUAUUGUAUUUAUUGAGCAAAAUGUGGUCCACGGUUUCUUUUCCGAAAAUAUCAGUUCCCAUGAGGAUUUAUAUUAAAAUAAAACAAUGGGUCCUCAAAACUCAGAGUCACAACCUUAAUAAAAGCCAGCUUUGCGGCGCAAGGGUCCUUGGGGCAAAAGUUGGAGACACUGUGAUAGUGGAUGGUUUCACCACACCACAAAUGACCUCCAAGGGCUGGCAUAAGGCUCAGAACAAGGACUCACAAAGCACUGUGAGUAAGCUACCACCUCUCAAGGAAGAAACUGCAAGCAAGAAACCUGUCAAUCCUUUGGCAAUUUCACAGCAGAUCACAAGACGACAAACCUUGAAAUUACCUCCACCUGUAGAUGCAAAUACGUUCUUUAAAUUACAAAGACAGCAACAACAAAAUCAGAAAAAAAUUACUGCUGCAGCUAAGAAAAAAGAAAAGUUCAUAAAAAAUACAUAUCUCCCUCAAAUCCCCCUCCCUCCAGUUUCAAGAGUGGGCUAUUCACACCCAUCUUUUUACUAUGCAACACCCAGUGCUGACUUUUUACUCAAAUCGUCCUUUGCGUGCUUCUCAGAGCACAGUGGUAGGACUCCAAGGGAGAAUGCCAUCUACUGCUUAGCCGUGGCCAGUGCCUUUAAAGAGAAACGAUGGCUUCAGCAGUUAGGAAUAGCAAGAGUUCUAGCCAAAAAGAGCAUUUCUAACCUGACCACACAAGGAGGCCUGACAGCAUGUGAAAAUCCUCCAGAAAUUGUGCUUUGAAGAGUCAUGACAACCUCAGUUUGGGCAAAGACCUGA